CUGAGGGACAGCGCCCAGGCCCAGAGUUCAACCAAAAACAACAUCAACAACAACAACAAAAAACUCCCUCAGCAGCUGGAAAUCAGGCAGGCAGAUAUCUCAAAGGCAGAAUGGAAGAAUCAUCACUAAGCCGGAUACCAUCCCGGGGUGGAGUCAACUUUCUAAAUGUAGCCCGGACCUACAUACCCAACACAAAGGUGGAAUGUCAUUACACCCUCCCCCCAGGCACCGUGCCCAGUGCCAGUGACUGGAUUGGCAUCUUCAAGGUGGAAGCUGCCUGUGUUCGGGAUUACCACACUUUUGUAUGGUCGUCAGUGCCAGAAAGCACAACUGAUGGCUCCCCUACUCAUGCCAGUGUCCAGUUCCAAGCUAGUUACCUGCCCAAACCAGGAGCUCAACUCUACCAGUUCCGAUACGUGAAUCGCCAGGGACGGGUGUGUGGGCAGAGCCCCCCCUUUCAGUUCCGAGAGCCAAGGCCCAUGGAUGAGCUGGUGACCCUGGAAGAAGCUGAUGGUGGCUCUGACAUUCUGCUGGUUGUCCCCAAGGCCACUGUGCUACAGAACCAGCUGGAUGAGAGCCAGCAAGAACGGAAUGACCUGAUGCAACUGAAGCUGCAGUUGGAGGAGCAGGUGACAGAGCUGAGGAGCCGGGUGCAGGAGCUGGAGCCAGCCCUGGCCACCACCAGACGGGAGCAUGCAGAGCUCACAGAGCAAUACAAGGGGCUUUCUCGGUCCUAUGGGGAGCUCACAGAGGAGAGGGACAUCCUGAGCCAGCAACAGGGAGAUCACGUAGCGCGCAUCCUGGAGCUGGAGGAUGACAUCCAAACCAUCAGUGAGAAAGUGCUGACAAAGGAGGUGGAGCUGGACAGGGUUAGAGACACAGUGAAGGCCCUGACUCGGGAGCAGGAGAAACUCAUGGGCCAGCUGAAGGAAGUGCAAGCAGACAAGGAGCAAGGUGAGGCCGAGCUCCAAGUGGCACAAGAAGAGAACCAUCGCUUAAACAUGGAGCUGCAGGAGGCCAAGGGCCAACAGGAGGAACAGAGUGCUCAGACCCAGCGACUGAAGGACAAGGUGGCCCACAUGAAGGACACCCUCAGCCAGGCCCAACAGAGAGUGGCUGAGCUGGAGCCCCUGAAGGAGCAGCUUCGCGGAGUUCAGGAGCUUGCAGCUUCAAGCCAGCAAAAAGCUGCUCUUCUCGGGGAAGAGUUGGCCAGCGCUGCAGGAGCAAGGGACCGCACCAUAGCUGAGCUGCACCGCAGCCGCCUGGAGGUGGCUGAAGUCAAUGGCAGGCUGGCUGAGCUCAGUCUGCACCUGAAAGAGGAAAAGUGCCAAUGGAGCAAGGAGCGGGCCGGGCUGCUGCAGAAUGUGGAGGCAGAGAAGGACAAGAUCCUGAAGCUGAGUGCGGAGAUCCUACGGCUAGAGAAGGCAGUGCAGGAUGAGAGAAGCCAGAGCCACAUGCUCAAGACAGAGCUGGCCCGGGAAAAGGACUCUAGCCUGGUGCAGUUAUCAGAAAGUAAGCGAGAGCUGACAGAGCUGCGGUCAGCCCUGCGUGUGCUUCAGAAAGAGAAAGAGCAGCUGCAAGUGGAGAAGCAGGAACUGCUAGAGUACAUGAGGAAGUUGGAGGCCCGCCUGGAGAAGGUGGCAGAUGAGAAGUGGGAUGAGGAUGCUGCUACAGAGGACGAGGAAGCCACAGCAGGGCUGAGCUGCCCUUCGGCUCUGACAGACUCAGAAGAUGAGUCCCCAGAAGACAUGAGGCUCCCACCCUAUGGCCUAUGUGAGCGUGGAGAUCCAGGUUCCUCUCCUGCCGGGCCCCGAGAGUCUUCUGCCCUAGUUGUCAUCAGCCAGCCUGCACCCAUUGCAGCCCACCUCUCAGGUCCAGCUGAGGACAGUAGCUCUGACUCGGAGGCUGAGGAUGAGAAAUCAGUUCUGAUGGCAGCCGUGCAGAGUGGGGGUGAGGAGGCCAGUCUGCUGCUCCCUGAACUGGGCAAUGCCUUCUAUGAUAUGGCCAGUGGCUUUGCAGUGGGUCCCCUGUCAGAGGCCAGCACUGGGGGCCCUGGCACCCCCCCAUGGAAGGAGUGUCCUAUCUGUAAGGAGCGCUUCCCUGCCGACAGUGACAAGGAUGCCCUGGAGGACCACAUGGAUGGACACUUCUUUUUCAGCACCCAAGACCCUUUCACCUUUGAGUGACCUCACCUCUCCCUAGCACAUGCACCAACAUACACUCCCACACGCCCGCUCACCUCCCACCCGUGUUCUACCACACCAGGCUCCAUGAUACUCUGUUCCCUAAGAACCACUUGUGUGGGCCCUGUCUGCAUCCCAAGCUUUCUAACUUCAUCCUCUCCCACCUGGCUUUUUUGUCCCAGGCAGGGGUCGUCCUUGGAAGCAGUGGCUGAGUUGACCCCCUGAAGGCGCUUUUGAAGGAAGCCAGGAUGGAGGAGACCUUCCCUUGUGGGAAUAGAAUCGUCCACUACUAGCCAUGGUUGCUUGCUUCGGAUAUACAGCCACCCCCCCCACACACUCGUGAACACACACAC